AUGAAUAUCAAGAGGACUCGCACUACAGCAGAUCACCCUGAGGGCAAUGGCAUGGUGAAGCGCACAAAUCGAACUUCGAAAGUUGAGAUGUUGCACUGCCACGUUGUCUACUGGCUUACCACGCUACUAUCCAGGCGUCUAUCGGACAGACCCCAUCCUUUAGACGACAGGCCGGGAGAUGCGACUACCCUGGCUCUUCAGCGAUUCUAG